AUGGUGCCACCAACAGCCCCAGACGUUCACCAGAGCGGCGGACGUCAUCCAGAUCCGCGCGCAUGGACAUCGCGACCUACCACGCCCCUUCGCCCGCCGUCACAGUCGUCGUUCCGCGGUUCUCUUCAUGCUACAGGCGACGGCGAUGCCGCGUUUCCUCUCAAGAGGCUGGAGCCCAUGUUUGCGGAGCUUUCCGACUCCAUGGCUGAUCUCGAGGCCAACAUGAUGCACUUUCAACUCAUCGACGAAAGCUUGGCUAGGUUUGGCGAGUCCUUCGCCAGCUUUCUCUACGGCCUCAACAUGAACGCCUUUUGCGUUGACUUCCCCGAGGUGCUACCGCUACUGCUACUGGCUGCGAACUUUGUCUGUCGAUGUGGCUUGAUCUGA